GCAUCUCAUACACUUGGAUGAUGUUCUUGUGGUCCAGGGUACGGACAAUCUGGAGCUCCCGAGGCAGGAAUCUCUGGAUAAACUCUUAAGGAAACAAAAGAGAUGGAGAAUCAAGUCCAGAAGAGCCUAACUCCUCCCUCUGUCUCCUGCCUUCCAACUUCUGUCUGCCCACCAUGUCUGGGUCGUGGGCCUUGGUUCCCUUUAACAUCCUUUAGCGUCGAGCUGCCUGGACACUGCAAGGAGUUUUAACCUCUGUUGUUUUUGUAAUUAAUAUAUUACUAGUCCGUCAGCCUCAGGGAUUGUUGGGAGCAGCCUGUGAGACCAUGGAUAGCAAAGCACUUUGGGAACUUUUAGACAAAUCUAUCGAACUCAGUUAUGAGGCCUGAUUUGCCCACAGCGUGGUAAGCUAGCCCCUCUCACCUGUGCCCCCUGACCCACAGUUCUUCCCAUGAGCCCUGUCUUCCCCAUCUCUCUCCCUUGCACCAGCUCCUGCCCUCUGCUAGCCCUGGCCAUGGCCUGGCCAAUCGCUUGACCACUUAGAAUAAGAAAGACCUGGUAGGCCCUGACUCUGCUUCUGAGGGUCCUUCACCACCUGCCACAUUGAUCUUGGACUUUUGGAAGGUGUAAUUUUCCUGGACUCCCUCUGUUCCCCGCUGACUGACCCCAGAGCCACAGACUCUCUUGAUUUCUUUAGUUCCGGACUAAAGGGGAGCAGGGAAUUGAUCCUUCUGACUGGAGGAAGCAUCCGCCCACCUCAGCCAGACCCCCCUUCCUCCAAAGGGGCCCCAGCUCACCUUCUGGCCCUCCCAUCUUGUCUAUAAUUUUAAUUGCCACUUUUCUUUGGUGUUUUUUGGAAACUGCUUCUUUGACUUUUGAGUAGGUCCCUUCCCCAAUGGUCUUGCCCAGCUGGUACCCAUUGGAGAGCAGAAAGUCCUCCAUGCUGUCUAGCACCUCCUUCCUUCCUAUCACCCUCUCAGCUCAUGCUGCCUCUGCGAGGCAGCUCUACUCCACCAUCGCCCUCGGCCCGCUUCUUUUCCCCCCAAGGACUUCAUCCGCAGCUGCCCCCAGCGCUACAACAUUCUCCGUCUGGACACAGGAGCCGCGGGUGGUGGGAAGGGAGAGGGUCAGACAUUUUAAAACUCUGGCCCAAUUGUGAUGUAAAUGCUGUGUGACCCUGGGCCAAAAUGGGCAAUGCCCCAUCUGCCCUCACCACCACCACCACCGCAAAACCCAGCACGGGUUAAGUGACCUCCGUGCCCCGCCCCCGCGCCAGGCAGUGAGUCGUAGCCCCGCCUGUAAAGGUUGCUGCCGGUGUCUGCGCUCGGCCCGGGAUGCCAAGCUCUGUUCCGUGGACGCCCCCAUCGGGCAGCAGGGGGUCUGCGCGACCCAUGGCCACAGCCCUCCAGCUCCCGCCUCACCGCCGCGCUAAGUGCCCGGGCGGCGCGGGGGUUCCCCAGCUGGAGGAACGGGUUCUGUGAGGUCAGCGCGCCGCGGCCCGGGUCACAAUGCAGCCCUCCCCCUCGACGCCCGGGCCGGGACGCGCCGCAGACACCUGCCCGGCUCCGCCCGGACCGGAGCGUCCUCCCGCGGCCAGGGCUCGGGCAGCUGCUUCCAGCCUGGGACCGGCCUCGGCCUCCGGCAGAGCGCCCCGGGGCCUGGACAUGAGUGCCCAGGAGCCCCCGCAGGGUCGGAGAUUCCCCAUUGAGGCCGGAGACUCCCCUGGCCUUGCCGCCGCCCCCGAGUCCCAGGACAGCCCGGAGCCAGUAGCUACGGAGCACAACCCAGUCAGGCCGCUUCGACGCUGCCCCGGCUGCCACUGCCUGACGCUGCUGCACGUGCCCAUCGACGUCUACCUGGCCAUGGGCGGGAGCCCCCGGGCCCGCGCCACCUGAGUGCGCCUGCGCACGGCGGCUCCGCGGGAGCCGGGCGGGGACGGGGCCCGCCGCGGGCCACCACGCUGAGGUCGCGAGCGCGCCGAGCACGAGACAAUGAUGCACAUUUUAAAAUAAAAGAAUGAUGCACAUUUUAAUAAAGCACAGCAUAAACUGUUCUUUCCA